AUGCUUAAAGAAGAGUGUGGUUUCCCAGAUAGUAUUGACUUUAGUGACAGAUAUAAAGAAGCUAUUGGAAAGUUCAAGGAUGGAAAUACUGACCCGAACCUAUUUAGCUUUAUGGCUCAGCACCAAAACGGAUAUAAUCUCAAACCUGGAAAAUACAAGCUCGCUAAGGGAUAUGAUUUAAUAGCAUAUCAUCCAAAUGACAUGGAUGAAUUUACUCCGAGAUAUUUGAUGUCAGAGCUAAAUGACAAUUCAACUUUCGUCAUGAAACGCGUAAAAAAUAGAGACGGAACGAAAGAACAAAAGCUUAUGAAUGCGGAUGACGUAGAUAGGGAAAUUGUUGAAAACGGUCUCGGAAUAUAUGAAAUGCCAGCAGAUGAGGUACAAGAAACUCCACAGGAAGAAGUUCAGAUACAACCAGACAUGGAAGAAAUAGUUCAGCAACAACAGCUAGAAGAGCCUGAAGGAAACGAACAAGUCACUCCUUUGGAAACUAACUUCACAGAACUAGAUGAAGAUUUGGAACAGCCGAAAAAUCUUGACCCUCAACAAGAGUAUGCGGAGAAUAUGGAAUAUUUCCAAGAGUCUAAAAAAAAUUCGGCUGACAUAGUAGAAGAAUAUCGAAAAAUGUUUGCCGACAUACAAAAGACUCCAACACCAGAUGAAAAUAUUCAGCAUAGAAUGGAAGAACUGAAAAAAAAUGUACACAAAUACAACAACCCUUUUUACUUACGAGCAUUUAACGUUCAAUCUUCGGAUGAACUCGGUGAAGAUAAAAGGUUAAAUUUCAAGAAAACAUAUAGAAAUGAAACAUUGUUUAAA